CGCUGGGAACCGUCAGAUAUCCGUUCAGAAGACCCUAGCCAACGAUCCAACUCAGACGCCCGCCACACACCAUCAACGAACCCCAAAGACAAACCCAACGAACGCACAACCUUUCACAUCAAGGCCGGGCCCUCAACUACGCCCCCAAUUCCCAAGGAAAGCCAAUUGCUCAGGCCCCGUAAGAGUGCGAUCAGUCUGACGUCUGUCCCGGACCCUGAAUUAGACAGGCGUACGAAUUUCCAAUGGCAGAGCACGUUUUUUGCAAAGUUGCCGCUGGAGGUCCGACAAAUGGUAUAUGGAUACUUGUAUGAGAGCGAGACAAUACACCUCACGAUUGGCGAGAAGAAAGACAAGCUAGGCCGGCGAGAAACCAAGUUUGGAAACUUCAUCUGCACGCGGGAACACAUCGGCACUUGUACAUGCCGUGUGGUGGUUGCUGGGUCGGUGCUCGAGACGUCCCUCCCCCAGCUUCAAGUCGGGCAGUUGGGAUUGAAUAGGAGCUGUCGACGCUUCUAUUCGGAGUGCAUACAUUACCUGUAUAGCGUCCACACCUUCGCACUCCUCCACACAACCCAUCUCCUCGCUCUGCCCAAACGGAUCCCGCAGUCUCGCCUCGAUUCCAUCCGCCACCUCCGUCUGCGCUGGACGAUCCGUGCACUCCCCUAUCUCCGCCGGAUUGGAUCCAACAAAUUGGCGUACCGCGAGGACACGGAGAAUUGGGAGAAAGGAUGGAGUAUAAUGGCUAGUAUGAAGGGGUUGCAAAGUCUCAAAGUGACGCUGGUGGAUCCUAGCGCGCAGGGGAUAUGGGAGAGCAGUUGGCUCGAGCUCGAGGCUGCGAUUAUGGAGCCUGUCAAGAAGGUGAAGCUGCGGGCACCGCAAGACGGGUUCGAGCUUACACUGCCGUAUGCGAGCUGCAAUGUCGAGAGGGAUAUGGGUGCUUCCGCGGUACGAUUACGGAUACCU